CCCCAAAUCGGUGUUUCCAAAACAUGUUUUAGGUGGGGCAUACGCCGUAGGCCUUCUAAAUUAUGUAUUUAACUUUUAUUUUAUGAUUAAAUUAUUGGAAAUUUUAAUAACUAAAUUCAUUUAAGUUUGUAUAAAAUUUGCAGAAGAUAAAUAACAAAUUAUGUUUUUUUUAGUCUAAUUUUUAUUCAAUAUUUAAACUCAAUUGAACAAGGUUAAAUCCGGUUUCAUAUUUAAACCCAUAAUUUAAAAGCUUUUUCGGUUCGGUUUGGUCCAAUUUUGAAAACAUUGCCCCAAAUCAAAGCAGUUUCAAAUUCUUGGGCUUUUUUGUUAUGUCCCAUAUAGUUUUAUGUUUCGUUUACUAAAAUAAUCGGGCCGACUAAUGGGCCAAUACUAGCUUAAGUCAGCCCCUUCCGAUAGAUAGAUAAUAGUGAGAGACACACUAGCGCGUAAAAGUACUCGCUCUCGUUUUAUACUUGCACUCUCCACUUCCAAAACAGCAAAAACAACGUCGUUUGAGGAUGAAACAGUAAAUGAUCGCUAACGUCAGCGGCGGAUUCAAUGUUUCCUCUGUAAAAAAGUGAAGAUGAAAGCAGAGAAGAGUUGUCAUAUUUAAAGGGAAACAGCUCAUCGUUCACUCGGAUAGUUUUCACGGUAAAAAAAAAAACAUUAAAGGUAAACAGAGUGACGUAGGGGAGGGGAUACGACCAGUCAAAUUGUUUUUACCCUCCGCGUCGCGACGAGAGCCUCUUUGAGGUGAAAUUAAAGAAGCCAGCUAUAGAGUGCCACGUCUACAUAGCUCGCACCUCCUUCUUCGUUUUAAGUAACUUUGACAACAAAAUCAAAAACGCCAUUUUUAAGCACGAAAGAGAGAGAAAACACAGAAAGAAGAGAGAGAAAAUACAGAGAAAGAAGAGAGAGAGAGAGAGAUGGUAGGGUUCACCACCUGCAUUGACAUUUCGACGCUUCCCACCGAUAUGGAGGGUUUUUACGCGACCAACAACCAGUUCCAGAAAAGAGGUCCCAAGGGUUUCAUCCAAGUCAAGGUUCUCGACGACGACAAGCUUUACGUACGCGUCGACUUGCCCGGUGUUCCAGACGACGCUGUCCACCACAGAGUCGACGCCGUUAGGCAAAAGGUGGUGUUUUUCUCUGCGGUGGCUUUCAACGACGGCUACGAGAAGCAGGGCGUGCGUGAGUACUCUGGAACCGCUGGUCUGGGCUGUGACUGCUGUGAGAUCACCGGCGUGGAUGCCAAGAUGAAAGAUGGAGUCUUGAGGAUGAUUCUCUCAAGGGUCAAAGUGAAGGACCAUGACACCAAGUGUACCCACACCGUUCCUCCUUUCACAGGUAAAUCUGGAAGACGUGUUGAGGAACAUCCGUUUGUGGUGAAAGGUCGCAAGCGAGCCUUCGUUGGAGAACCAACAGCUGAUGGUGGUCUUUUCUUCGCUGUGGACGUGCCUGGUGUUGGGGACGGUGAUGUUGAAGUGCUUGCUAAUGAGAGUGAAAUUAAAUUCACUGCUGAGGUCAAGAAUGUGUUCGAGCACGACGAGAGUGCAGGCCGUCUUUACCUUGGAAGCAUCGACACUUCUUGGUCUGGCGACUCUGCAGCUUCGCUUUUGAGUCAUUAUAACAUCACCGGUGCUGUCAACUUUGGUGUUCUCAAGGUUCUCAUUACCCCUCGUCCCAACACCGGCGGUACCAAAGAGUAAAUGCAUAUCUCUCCACUGCGUUUUGGUUUAAUUUCACAUAUCUAUGAAUCUAUUCCUUUUGUUUUAUGAGUACUUGGAUUGGAUUAGUCUUUGUGUUUUUUAAGUUUUUAAGUUGGGAUUUGAGACUGUUAUGGUUUAGUCCUGCUUUUGUGUUUGCUAUUAUGGAACUUAGUGAUUCAUGUCACUUGUUUGCACAAUCUAAACUUGUUUCCUUAA